AGCCUUAUUCAAAUUCCAUACGCCAAUCGGAAAUACAACGCAAGAAGACAACCCCACUCCUUCCACUUCAACCAAAAGCAAUUCCAAAACCAUAACUCCCAAUUUCGAUUCCUUCAAAGUUCAAACCUCUUUUCUUCCGGUGCUGGAUUUCCCCAGCACCACGGAAACCCAAACCUGUUGAGAUGGUGCAAAGAAAGCUGCCCGUCAAGCCAGAUCAUCUUAAACCCGAGAAAAACCUGUUCCACCACCAGGAUUUGAAGCCCAGGGGCGCAGCAGACCUGACCAAGAAAAUGAAGAAAUCGGGAUCGUCGAAGCAGCCAGGGAAGCCGCCGCCGACGGCUGCCGUGACGCCUCGGAAGCCGUCGCCCGUCAGUUCAAUGGCCAGAACACUGAAUUACAUGAACAGCCCGGAAAAGUCGCCGGCCAGGCCGACGGGUGCCGUGACGCCGCAGAAGGCGUCGCCUGGCGGUUCCUUUGCCGUGACGCCGAAUUACAUGAAGCCCACAACCAGUUCUGAUGCGAGAAAGGAGGUGAGUACCAGAAGUCCUCAAACUAGUCCUGUGAGUUCAAGUUUGCAGGGAAAGGGUUCAAAGAAUUUGAAACUUGGCUUGGCGUCUGGUAACAAAGCAACGAAGACGUUUUCUCGGACAGGUAGUUUGAAAAUGAUGAGGACUUUGACGAAGAAUCCUAGCUUUAAACCGGCGAGGGCUUCUGUGAGGAAAUGUUCCCCUGUUGUUUUGUGUGAAAAUUUGGAUGCCCAGAGAGCAACUUGCUCAUCAACUUUGAAAGAUUGUAAGUUUCCUGAUUACCUCAGUCUUAAUCCUGGGGGAACAGAAGCAGAGGGUACUUCUGCUGUUAAGGUCUGCCCAUAUACAUACUGUUCUCUUAAUGGCCAUAAGCAUGCUCCGUUGCCGCCGCUGAAGUGCUUCUUGUCGGCAAGGAGGCGGAUGAUCAAGAAUCAGAGGGGCUUGAAGUUGGGAUGUCUAUCGCCAAGGCGAGUAACGUGUGUUGCAGACGGUGUAAAGUUUGAUGAGAAGCUCGUGAUGCAGGAGUCUUUGAAUUGCUCAGGGACUAGUCUGCAGAGAGACGAGGACGAGAAGGAGACAGAUUUCUUUGUUGAGAUAUUCAGUAAGGAAAAGGGAGAUACUGCUUAUUAUACUGGGAUUGAUGGGAGCGAUGAAACAGCGGCAGAAGAUCAAGAAGAACGCUCUCUGGAGGGACUUUCAGAUGCAGCAAUUUGCUAUGAAGUUGAUGCUGAUGAAACUGUUGAUGGAAAUGGAUAUGCUGAUUCGAUAGACGUUGGCAGAACAUGCUUCUCGGAACAGAAUCAGGAGGAUGAAAUUGAUGAUGGAGUCUCUCCACCACCUUCGGUUCAAGGGGAAAGCAUGCCGAGGGUUAACUUUUAUGAGCUAGAUUCUGAAGCCUCUGAUAUGGACUGGGAGACAGGGCAUCACUCUGCUCUGUAUGUUGAUUAUGAUUAUGAGCACUCACCUGAAAUGGAGUUAGAACCUGAUCCUGAAGCAGGCCAAUUUGAAAAUCACGUCACCCACAACAAGUUCAUGGUUGAGUCAGACAACAAAGGUGGCUGUUUUGAUGAAUUUUCUGCUGAUGAUGUGCCACAAGAGUCCUUCGACGAAGAGAGUUUGAACACGGAUGUGUUUUCAAGUAGCAGUGACAGCGAAUCCAUCAGUUCAUAUGAGUAUCUGCAGGGCUUGAACAAUAUGGAGACUUCAGCAAUUGGUGAAGUCUCACUGGAAGAACCAGAACCAGCUUCUGAUUAUAAGAAUCAUAUCUUGUUUGAAUGCAAUCAGACCGCAGGAAUCGGUUUUCAUCUAGUAGCAGGACAUGAAGUGUCUGAAGGCUGUCAGGCUCAGACUGAGUUAUCUGAUGAAGAUCUGAGCAGCAAUACUGAAAAUAUCAUGACUUCGAGCACUGAAGAUCCAGCAAGGGAAACUGAUUCAGAGUUUGCUCAGUUGACAUCGACUGGAGGCGAACGCCAAAGAAUUCAUAAAGUUGAAGCAGGGAAUGAGGCAAAUCAAGAAGCUGAAGACACUGGCCUGGCUCAAGCGACAACCAAAUGCAAGAAGCAGAUCCUGGAUGGGGAGGAACUGGGAGCUUUCGAUCCACGAGCACCAAAUUUCUUGCCUCUGGAGCCUGAUCCAGAGACGGAGAAGGUUGAUCUUAGGCAUCAAGAGCUGGACGGAAGGAAGAACGCAGAGGAGUGGAUGGUAGACUAUGCACUCAGACAAGCCGUCACAAAACUUGCUCCAGCUCGGAAGAGAAAGGUCGCACUGCUUGUUGAAGCAUUCGAGAAAGUCAUGCCGAUAACCAAAUGCGAUCUCCACACAAGGCAUACUUCAGCAUUUGACCAUGCGAGACCAAUUCAGGCAUGCAACUGAUAUGACCAUUUGCUGUGCAGGAGAGGCUGAAGAACCAGCUUUGAUGAAGAUGGUUUCUAAACAAGAAGACCUGAAGAACGUCGGCCCAGUUAGAAACAGUGCAUGUUGGCUCUCUUGAAGUUGGAGAAAAAGAUGCGCAAUGCAACAAUGAUCAAGAGUCGAUGUUAAACAAUCAAGUGCUUUCUUAUGUGCUAGAAGUUUAGGGAGAGUUGUGUGGUGUUUUGGUUUCUUUAUUGUGUCCUUUUCCAUAACAAGAGUGUACCUUAACCAUAACUGGUGGUUGUGUGUUGUAUAAGCUGAUGUUUGUUGGAUUAAGAACAUUAAUGUCAAUCAUCGUAUCGUUGAUGUA